AUGACUCAGAAGAAAAGCACGAAACCCAAAGCCCAGUGGAGUGAGGAGGAGGUUGAUGUCCUCCUGACCUACCUUCAAUCACAGGUGGCAAAGAUCGCUGUGACAACUUUCAAAGAUGAGACCUUCAAUGAAGCAGCACAGAAGAUCACAGAACAUCAUGCUAAAAAGGGACUUCAGAAUCAAGGUGCAGCAAAGGACAUGGCACAGUGCAGGGGAAAAUGGCGAUCACUGAAGGAAGUCUACACCGCCAUUGACACAUAUCGCAGGAGUCAAUCUGGAUGUCACUGGGACAAUAUCAAUGGCGCUAAUAUUCGGGGGACUCAGAAGCAGAGGAACUCCAGUGGAACCAGUAUAUCAAAGCUAGCAAUUCAAACAAGUGGAUCCUCAUCGUUAGCGAUACAGCCAUCAGAGAGUCUUAGCGCCUCUGGACUUGAAGCCGCUGUUGUGCCGCAAGUCGGAUGGGACCAGAUCAAGUCAGCUGCUGGAAGUUCCAUGAAUAUGCCCCCUCCCCCCUCUUCUGUCACACCCUCUACUACCAGUAAACGCACACAUUCUGAUAUGGUCUCGUCCGCCAGUGCCACUCAAAGUAUGGCAUCGCCCAUGGCUCCACCCAAUGUCGACAAAAAGCCGAGCCUUCACAUGUCAGCAUCCAACACAGAUGAAAAUGAAACUCGGGUGUCGGAGGAAAGGGUGCAGGCAAUGAACUUCAUGCAGGAAGAGGAUGACAUCUCAGAUGAUGAGCAGAUCACACUCAUGAAUGUAUUCUCCAGGAGCCCGUCAAUAUGUAGCAUCUAUUUGGCUGCAAAGCCUGAGAAACGGGUCCGCUACUUAAAGCCUGUUCUUGCUCAGGCUGCCAGGGGGGAAUUUGAGAUCUGCGUCAUUGUCGUCCUUGCUCCCAUAAUACUCGUCGAUGUCCUUGAUAUCCUCAGGAUCCUCGUCAAGGUCUAA